AUGUCAAAUCGCAAUAUCUCGCCACGGCCCGCAACCACCACCACCACCGCCGCCUCCUCAACAAGACAUUCCCAUCUCCCACCUCGAGCGACCAUGAGUCCGGGCACGACCACCACCGCACGUCACGCGACCGUAGGGAGCGCCACGCAAACCAUCACUCCCCCAGACAGCGCGUCGUCAAGAUCGGUCUCGCCGGAACCACUGGUGCUGAGAUUACGCGGGGCACACGACUCGAGUGCGAGACCGGGCACGAGGAGAAGAAUCACCUGGGCUGAAGACGUCGUGGACAAUGAAGGGCUCGGAAGGAAGAGCAGUAAGGUUUGCUGUAUAUAUCAUCGGCCACGAGAGUUUGGAGAAAGCUCGAGCGAGGACGACAGCAGCGACAGUAAUAGUUCAAGCGGUGGCAGCGAUAGUGACGACGGAGGUGCCAGGAUGAGCGGGAACAGACGCGGACGGAAAUACGACAAGACCAACGGACAUAAUCAUCGUGACGGUGAUGAGUGUGCUGACCAUGGGCACGGACACGGACACGGACACGGACACGGACACGGACACGGACACGGACACGGACACGGACAUGGUCAGGGCAAGGGUAAAGACAAAAGAAGACCGAGUCCCAAUGCAUACGAAAAGAUGCCAAAGUAUCAUCCUAAAGAUCCAGUGACGAGGGGAUGA